CCUGAUUUCUCUCCUCCUCUAUCCAUCCAUCUCCCUCUUUCCCCUGAAGAAACUCCAUUUUUGCCCCUCGAAGCUUCGAAUUUGAAGCUUCAGCAGAGGGAUUGUCCGUUUCCUGCUUCAGCAUCUGCAAAUUUCGUUAUUCCCAUAUUUGCACGGACGAACAAAUUCGAAGACAACCCCUAGCUCAUGAUUGAGAUUAGGUCCUUUGAGUAGAUGAUUUGGUGCUCAGCUGGGGAAAAUGGUGUUGGUAACCCAUAAAUUGCAGGGUUCACAUAUCCUGUUUCCUCGGAGUUCACCAACAUGGAGCAAAGGCUUGAUUCCAAAGCGACCUAUUACAAAGGUGCAUCUCGUCGGGAGUAAAGAGAAACACUUACGAUUGAAACAGACGUGUGGUGUAAGAUUGAAGGCAAAACCCUUUAGAGUUGCAUCUUUCAAAGGUGGCAUCUGCAAUGGCGAUGCCGGAGGAAGUGAGAGUGGAACAAAAGUUUCCAAUAACUCGGUUAAAGUAUCUUACCGUCCAGAUGAUGAUGAAAACAGAACACUUUCAUAUGCCUCUCAAACAGAGGAUUCCAUUACAGGACAAGCAUCUAUUCAGAAGCUUUUCAAGAAGUGGUUAAUGAUACUGCACACUCAAUCACCUGCUGGAGAAACUGAUGGAGUUUUGGAGGAACAACUACCUCAAACGACAAAGUCAGCUACUCAAACUGAAACAGAGAUCCGGAAGAUGGAAAGCGUCCAGAGUGCAAAAACAGUCUGGUCCCGGUUAUGGAGUCUAGAUGCAACGAUCAAGAUUCCCUUGCUCUUAGUUGUCCCAGGUUUCGUAGCUGUCAACUCAAUUUAUGGAGCAGAAGUAUCGAAGGAGUUGAUGCCAUUGUGGGUGGUUGGGCCUCUGGUUGUCGCUCUUUAUGUCAAAAUGUUCCAAGGGAUAUGUGCUUUAUACGCCUUCUGCUUCAAGCAAACCAUCAACAUCAUUAGAAAUUUACCAGCUUAUGCCAUUCUUGCCUACAAUUACAUCAUCCGAGGCAAACUCAAAGAAGACGCCCUAGGCUUUGUGUUGCGGCCCGUGGUGGCCAUCAAGAACAUGGAUUACAAAGAGGUUGCAAGAACCAGACUCAAGUUGCUACAAAAGUGGGUUAUUGAGAAAUACCUGGAUUUCGUGGAAUCAAUAUGGCCUUAUUACUGCAGAACUAUCCGGUUCUUGAAGAGGGCUAAUCUGAUAUAAUGAUCCAAUGUCCUGAGCCUGGAACCUAGUUUUCUGGAUUCUUGGAUCCAGUCAACGGGAAAUUUAGACCAGGAAAUUGCAAAGGCCCAACCUUUUUUGUGUUCUUCAUGUUGGGUUUGCCCUGUAAUUGUAAUCUUUUUUUUUUGUUGGUAACACAUUUUGAUUCUUGACUCUAGGAGGCUUUGCUGUUCUGUUGGUCCCUGUCACGUUUCUUGAGUUUGUUUUCUA